GGAGGAUAGCGGGAAACGAGUAAUUCAGCACUCAGGAAGAAAAAUAUGAUUCAGCCUACUCACGAAUUAAUGCACAGACUGAACUUUCCGAUUUGUUACUUGACAUAUUUUGAUACUUUAAAAUGUACGUUUUCUCAUAUUUUUCAGGCGGCUAUAUUAAUUGCACAGUGCAGAGCAGGGCUUGCUGAGAAGCGGUUUGUUUAUGUUUAGUGUGUGAGAGUUGAUUGGAUACGAACGGGACAUACAGCAAUAGGAUCGUAGCUGUUGUUGGUAAACUGGUGUUAGAAUCUUGCCCUGCGCUGUCACUAUUGGCGGGUGUCAGUAAACGAACACUGUCAUUUAGCUAACAAACUGGUCGCAUUGCCAUUCACGUUACAGGGCAUCUGAAUAGGCUAUAAUCAAAAAAUAAAUAAUUCGGAUUCAUUGGAUGUAUUUAGUCUAGUAACAAAACAGUGCCUUUUGUAGCCUAUUGAACAGGCGGAGCUAUAGCGCACUUUGCGUUUUUGUGGAGAGAAGAGACUAGCUUCUAUUCAUGCUAAAACGGUGCAAAUUCCUUGGUUGCUCCUCUGUAGCUAAGGAUAUCUGAAGCAAGUAAGUGUAGGAUACUACACCCAACAUUAGCCUGCACGAAACAGUGCCUGCGUUUACUUUUCGGCUGCACUUGGGAGCUGUCAUGCAUAUACGAAAGAAAGAUGCCCAAAGAGCUUUACUGCUCAUGGAGGAAUACAAGAUGAAACUUGGACAGACAGAAGACCAACAACUCAUAGAGUCACUAGAAAGAGUCAUCAACAUCUUUCAGAGCAACCUCUUUCAAGUCUUGAUAGAUAUCCAGGAGUUUUAUGAAGCGACCUUACAGGACGGCCAGGCAUGUGUGGAGCUAUCCAAGCCAGCGGAGCCCCCUGCUCCCCCUGUCACCCUGUGGGACUUCUCCAGCCUGCCCUCCCCCUCCACCGCUGUCACCUCUGACACCCUGCCCAGCAGCCUUACACCCAGCAUAGAGAAGUACAGGAUUCAGGAUGAAGAUGGCUCAAACCCCCAGCAGGACCAAGGUCAGUCCCAGGCCUGUCCUCAGCACCCCUACCCUGGCUUGGAGGGCAGAGAGAGGGAGCUGCCGGGUAGCCACCACGGGACCCUCCGCAGCCACCAUGGAACCCUGGACGGGCACCACCAGAGCAGGGGAGAGCGAGAGGGCAGGGAGGGCAGGGGGGAGGGACGGCCAGAGCUGGUCCAGGUAUCAGAGAAGAACCUGUCCCGAAUAGAGUACGUCCACGGAUACGUCUCCCAUGCACACAUCUCCCCUAUGAAGGCGAACCCACCUCCAGUGGUGGUCAACACAGACAGCUUGGACACCCCAACAUACGUGAAUGGAACAGAAGCAGAUUAUGAGUAUGAGGAGAUCACUCUGGAACGGGGUAACUCGGGGUUGGGCUUCAGUAUUGCGGGGGGGACAGAUAACCCCCACAUCGGAGAAGACCCCAGCAUCUUCAUCACCAAGAUCAUCCCUGGAGGAGCUGCAGCUCAGGACGGAUGCCUCAGAGUGAAUGACUGUAUCUUGAGAGUAAACGAGGCAGACGUGAAGGAUGUGACCCACAGUAAGGCCGUGGAGGCCCUGAAGGAGGCCGGCUGCAUCGUCAGGCUCUACAUCCGCAGGAGAAAAGCCCUCUCAGAGAAGAUAAUGGAGCUCAAACUAGUCAAAGGUCCUAAAGGGCUAGGGUUCAGUAUUGCGGGGGGAGUAGGGAACCAGCACAUUCCAGGCGACAACAGCAUCUAUGUCACCAAGAUCAUCGAGGGAGGGGCUGCACACAAAGACGGGAGGCUGCAAAUAGGAGACAAACUAUUGGCUGUAAACAGCGCUGGUCUUCAGGAGGUGAGUCACGAGGAUGCCGUGGCGGCCUUGAAAAACACCCCCGAUGUGGUUUACUUGAAAGUGGCGAAACCCACCAGUGUCUUCAUGAAUGACAGCUUCGCUCCCCCCGACAUCACCAACUCAUAUUCCCCUGACAAGGACAACCAUAUCAGCCCGUCCAACUACCUUAGCCAGCCCCGUACCCCCGCCACGCCUGGACGCUACUCACCCAUCCACAAGAGCAUGCUGGGAGACGACGAGGUCACAAGGGAGCGCAGGAAGGUGGUGUUACACCGUGGAUCUACAGGCCUGGGUUUUAACAUAGUAGGAGGAGAGGAUGGAGAGGGAAUCUUUAUCUCCUUCAUCCUGGCUGGUGGACCUGCUGACCUCUGUGGAGAGUUCCGGAAAGGAGACCGCAUCAUCUCAGUGAACGGGGUUGACCUCCGCAGUGCGACCCAUGAGCAGGCUGCUGCAGCUCUGAAGAACGCUGGACAGACGGUCACCAUCGUAGCCCAGUACAGGCCAGAGGAGUACACUCAGUUUGAAGCCAAAAUCCAUGAUCUUCGGGAGCAGAUGAUGAACAGUAAUAUCAGCUCGGGCUCUGGCUCUCUACGGACCAGCCAAAAGAGAACACUCUACGUCAGGGCUCUGUUUGACUAUAACAGGACAAAGGACUCUGGGAUGCCCAGCCAGGGGCUUAACUUUCACUUCGGAGACAUCCUUCACGUGAUGAACGCCUCCGAUGACGAGUGGUGGCAGGCGAGGCAGGUGACCCACGAAGGAGAGGGAGAUGAGGUCGGAGUCAUCCCCAGCAGGAGGAGGGUAGAGAAAAAAGAGAGAGAGCGGUUAAAGACUGUCAAAUUCAAUGCCCGGUCUCAAGACAAAGGGUCAUUCAAUGACAAGCGUAAAAAGAACCUAUUUUCCCGAAAGUUCCCUUUCUACAACAAGAGCAAGGAGCACAGCGAGCAGGAAACAAGUGAUGUCGACCAGCAUGUAACCUCUAAUGCCAGCGAUAGUGAAAGUAGUUACCGUAGCCAGGAGGAGUACGUCCUGUCCUACGAGCCAGUCACACAGCAGGAAGUGAACUACACACGGCCCGUCAUCAUCCUGGGGCCAAUGAAAGACCGCAUCAAUGAUGAUCUCAUCUCAGAGUUCCCCGACAAAUUUAGGUCCUGUGUCCCACACACGACCAGACUAAAGAGGGAUGACGAGGUGGAUGCCAGAGACUACCAUUUUGUGAUGUCCAGGGAGCAGAUGGAGAAAGACAUCCAGGACCACAAGUUCAUCGAGGCAGGCCAGUACAACAACCACCUCUAUGGAACCAGCGUCCAGUCUGUACGGGAGGUCGCUGAGAAGGGGAAGCAUUGCAUCCUGGAUGUUUCAGGCAACGCCAUCAAACGACUACAGUCGACCAUGCUCUACCCCAUCGCUAUUUUUGUCAAGCCCAAGUCUGUGGAGAAUAUCCUAGAGAUUAAUAAGAGGCUAACAGAGGACCAGGGGAGGAAGAUGUUUGACAGAGCCAUGAAACUGAAGCAGGAGUUCACUGAGCACUUCACUGCUAUAGUCCAGGGGGACUCUCUGGAGGAGAUCUACAACACAGUGAAAAUCAUCAUCGAGGAGCAGUCAGGACCCUUCAUCUGGGUUCCUGCCAAGGAGAAGUUGUGAAAGGAGGACAGAAGAGAUUACCCUUAUUUUCUUUAAGUGGUCUUCAUAUCGUCUCUGGUUUUACAUGUCUUCUUAUUUGUUUAAUGUUUACCAACCUGGCCUGCUGUGAUCGCUGGCCCUCUUGCCCAGACCUUAGGACCCCUCUCCUACACACACACCUCUCCAUCUUUCACUCACUCUCUCACAUACACACACAAUUAUUUAACGCUGUCUGUCUCU